AUGGCGUUGUGGCCUCCCGUAAGCCAGUUGUUCCGCAACCGAAGUGGCGGGUAUUCCUGCGGUCGCUUUCUGGCGACGCUGUUCGCGCUCACCGUUGUUUUGGCGCCGUUUUCCGUCCUGGGUGAUGCGCCACCGCCGGAAGCUGGAGAAGACGGCGAGACUCCGUAUGUGGGUCGAGUGGUGACCGUGGCGGCCCCCAUUACCGAUCAGGUGGAGAAGCGUGUGCGGCGGAUUGUCGGUCAGGUGAUCGACGAGGCCAAGCGAGAUCCGCGGCGGCCGUGGCCGGUGAUCAUCUUCGAGUUCCAACCCGGGGCGAGCGACUUGGGGAAGGCCUUCGACUUUGCCGAGUAUCUGACCAGCGGUGCGUUGGCCGGGGCCACCACGGUGGCUUACAUCCCGGAGCCGCUGGCCGGGAAUGUCGUGCUGCCGAUCAUCGCUUGCGACGAAAUUGUGAUGCACCCCGAGGCCAGCUUCGGCGACGCAGGCCGCGACAUUCGGACGAUUGGCAACAGCGAACGGACGAUGUACCGCGACAUUGCCGAGCGGCGGAAGACCAUUCCCAAGGCUGUGGCCCUGGGCCUUCUCGACCCCAACCUGGAAGUGCUUGUUGUCGAGACGGAGGUGAGCCGGGAGUUUGUGCUGGCUUCCGAUCUUGAGGAACUGCGGGCGAACAAAGCCAUUCAGUCGGAAGAGGUUUUGUUUCCGGCCGGCGAAGUGCAUGUGCUUUCAGCCAAUCAGGCGCGACAGCUAGGGUUUGUGAAACUGCUGGCCGACGAUGUCGUGGAAGUGACCAAAGCCUGGGGGCUGCCGCGAGAGUCGCUCGAGCAAGACCCAUCGUUCGGCGGAUCGUGGCGGGCGAUUCGAGUGCCAAUCGAGGGCCCCAUCACCGCUGCACAGAUCGAACAAAUCCGUAGGAUGAUCGACGAUUCGAUUCGCAGCCGCGACGUGAACUUCAUCUGUCUGUCGAUCGACAGUCCGGGCGGAUCGCCCACCGAUAGCAUGGCGUUGGCCAACUACCUGGCAGCGCUCGACCCCAGCCAACAACGCACGGUGGCUUACAUUGCAGGUGAAGCCCGAGCCGAUGCCUCCUUCUUCGUCGUAGCCUGCGAUCAGGUGGUGAUGGAGGCCGGCAGCACCAUCGGUGGGCCGGGGGCCUUUCAGAUUGAAGACGAGGAAGAGAUUCGCCUGACCGCCGAGUCGCUGCAAGAAAUUGCCAAGCGAAAGUUUCGUUCGCCCGCCCUGGCUGCCGCGCUGGUCGACCCAAGCAUUGAGGUGUUUCGCUAUCGCCGCCUAACCGAUGGGGCGAUCGAGUACUUCACACCCGAACAGGUUGCGGAGUUGGGAGAUGCCAAAGAAUGGGAACAAGGCCAACGGGUGAAGGCCCCCGGGGAAGUGUUGCGUCUGGAUGCGAGUGAGGCCGUGGAUGUGGGGCUGGCCACGCAUGAGGUCGAAGACUUCCAGGCGUUCAAGCAACUGUAUUCGUUGGAGAACGACCCCGAGUUGGUCGAGCCGGGUUGGGCCCAUUUUCUGAUCGACGCGCUGCGGACACCCAGCGUAGCGUGGUUUUUGUUGGUGAUUGGUGGGGCCGCCCUGUACGCCGAGAUUCAAGCCCCCGGUAUUGGGAUUGGGGCCUUCAUCGGAGUGGUUUGUUUCUUGCUCUUCUUUUGGGCCAUGCACCUGGGCGGUACCGCCGGCUGGCUUGAAGUCAUUCUGUUUGUAACCGGCAUCGUUUGUAUUGUGCUCGAGGUGUUCGUAUUGCCCGGGUUUGGUAUCUUUGGGCUUGGCGGCGGCAUGCUUGUGCUGUCGUCGCUGUUGUUGGCAAGCCAAACCUUUGUCAUUCCUCGGAACACCUACCAGGUGGAACAAUUACAGCAUUCGAUGUUGAUGGUUGCGGGUGCGGGCGUGGGCAUCAUCGUUUCGAUUAUGGUGCUGCGACGGUUCUUGCCGCAUACGCCGUUCUUCAAUCAGCUCAUCCAAGCCCCUCCCACCGAUGAGGAACUUACGGAUAUUUCCGAGCGUGAAUCGCUUGCCCACUUCGACGAACUGAUCGGCCAGCGAGGUCGCACGACGACGCAACUCACCCCCAGCGGUAAAGCCCGUUUCGGCGGGCAGAUUGUCGACGUGCUGUGCGACGGCGAGGUGAUUUCGGCAGGGCUGUUGGGCGUGGUUGCCUUUGGGGCCUUGGUGGCCGCGCUGGUGAUGGCUUUUCUGGCCGGACCGGGCACGUUCAUCAUCUUCAGCCUGGUCACCGUGAUUUUGAUUCCGCUGGGGAUUGCCAUGGCCCUGAAGAUGUGGCCGCAUACGCCCAUCGGGCGACGGCUGAUGCUGGCCGCCCCCACGAGCGAAGACGUGAUGCCGUCUUCCAGUCGCAAGAGCGAGUUGCAUGAGUUGGUCGGCAAGGUGGUGGAGGCCAAGUGCGAUAUGCUCCCUGGCGGAGCGGUGGAGUACGAAGGGCGCACGAUCGACGCGGUGAGUGAGGGAAUGGCCAUCGACGCCGGACAGCAGGUGCGUGUCGUACGGGCUGAGGGGAACCAUGUCGUGGUUCGUCCUGUUGAUGACGAUGAACCGCAGGCCGGCCAGAAUCAACGGACUUCAACGCACCCAAAGUUGCCUGCUGAGAGGUGGGAAUCUUUGCAUGAGGAUUAUGGUUUGACGACGGCCUCCGCGAUCGAGCGGCUUUCGAAGGCGGAGUUCCAUCAGGCGCGGACCGUGCUGGGUCGGGCGUUUCUCGAGUAUCCGCUGAUGCAGUAUGCCGUGUCUGACACAGCGGCGCGGCUUCGCGGUACGACCUCGCUUUAUGGCGCGAUCUUGUCCGACAGCCUGCAACACGGUGAAGUGUUUGUCGCCGGAGGGGUUUCGGCUGUGGCCUGCUGGCUGCCUCCUGGGACCGGGAUGCCGGGGCUCGCUCGUCAGAUUCGAGCUGGUCUGCUGGCCCUACCGUUUCGCUUUGGAGUGCGCGGCAUGCGACGGCUGCUGGACUACGACAAGAUCGCUGCCGAACUGCACCACCGCUAUGCACCCGAGCCCCACUGGUAUCUGGCAUCGAUCGGGGUCGAUCCUGACCGUCAGCGGCAGGGGCUUGGCAGUCGAUUGCUCGAGCCGCACCUCGCCCGAGCCGAUCGUGAGGGGCUGGCGUGUUAUCUCGACACCCACCGCGAAAGUAAUGUGUGGCUCUACCAACGCCAUGGAUUUCAAGUGAUGUGGGAAGGCACAGCCCCCGGGCACCCGGUGAAGGUGUGGUCGAUGUAUCGUGAACCUCAACCCCAAGCGGGCUGA